UGGAUCCUUCUACAGUAGUUCUCUCGGCCUUGGUACUCGGGAACGCCACCAUCGUGCCACUGCCACUGCACCUUGCCACAUCCGCGGACGCUUCGGAAUCCUUUUCACGAGGCUAUGGCGAUGGCAAAAUACUACUAAGACGUAUCAUGGAAGCAUUUGCGGUAACCCUUCUGUACCACCCACCUCCCAAUGGAGUCCAGAAGGUGGAGAAGAUGGUCCGUUCUGGCGAUGGCCUCUCUGGCUGGUGUGGUCAACGGUGAUAAUUGUGCAUCGCCGAGUGGCUUCACCAUUGAAUCCCAAGCCGCCGCGGACGCGUUAAACAACUGUAGCACCAUCAAUGGAAAUGUCAACAUCCAGGGCAACGACCUGAUACAGAUCACCCUCAAUGGCAUCGAAACAAUCAGUGGCAACCUCGCCACCUCAUCUUGUGCUGGAUUGCGGACCAUCACAGCACCAGUCCUAUCCCAAAUCUCCAACAAUUUCACCCUCUCGAGCCUCCCACUGCUCGCGAGCCUCGGCUUUCCUCUCCUAGAUAACAUCAAUGGGGGAAUAUACUGGGAUACGGUCCCCGAUCUUACGGAUGUUUGGUUUGGGAAUCUGACGACACUUUCACAUGGAUUACCAGGGGCGAACGUGGACGGGGACAUUUCGAUAAUAAACACAGGUCUAUCCAGCCUUGCAUUCCUCAAUUUUACGCACUAUUCCAAUCCGGCUACGAUCUGGAUCAAAGGCAAUCAACAACUCAGUAGUGUUAAUCUUACCGGCCUUUCCUGGGGCAGCAAUUCGUUGGCGAUUGUCAGCAAUGGACCAUCGGCACAGAUCUUUCUUCCGGACUUGAGGUCUGCUGGUGCUAUUACAAUUGGUAAUGCUGGUCACAUCUACAUACCAUCUCUUUCCGAAACAACCGCGACUAUUGAAAUAUCCACCAACGCGAUCGAUGCCUUCUCAGCUCCGAGCCUCACGAAUAUUGGUGGGAGCCUCAUUGUCCAAAACAACGAUCUUCUGGAUAACCUCAGUAUCCCACUUUUGACUUCAGUGAAAGGUGACAUUACAAUUGCGAAUAAUACACUUCUCCAAACGAUCAACCAUUUGGAUCAGCUAUGGUUCUGCCAAGGGAAUAUAACUCUCUCUGGUGAUUUUUCAACCGUCACAUUACCAAGUCUCCGUAACAUUAUUGGGCACUUCCAUCUCAACAGCUCGAAUCCAGACUUCGACUGCACCACCUUCGACAAACUAUCUGCUCAAAGCGAUUGGUCCUCGUCCUCCUAUUCAUGCGGUGCCUACCUACCCGGCUCAACCAAGGAUCUCGCAAAGCAUUACCAAGCCCCCGACCACGAUUUCAAUCUCUCGAAACCUGUCAAAGCGAUUAUCAUUAUUCUAUCCGUUAUUUUAGGGCUGUUUGUAUCUGCUCUUUUGAUGCGCUUAUAUGUGCAUAAAACGAGGGUGAGGCGGGGGAGUCUGGCUAGGAGUGCGAGUUGGACUGUGCCGGGAGCCAGGGUUGAAGAAGGGGAUGUGGAGAUUGAGGAGGUGGGUGUUACAAGGGUUGCUGAAAGAGGAGAUCCGUUGCCGAAAUAUGAGAGAGUGGGGAAACCGGGGGAGGUUCCGCCGGGAUAUACUCCCACUGAGAAUGCGGGUGCAAAUCAGGUGGAAGCUGGGAAUGUAAAUACGGAAACGUUGAACAAUGCUUCCAGGAGGAGAUGGAGAUUAUGUUAUGGUAGAUGAAUGCGCAAAUUGCGUUUUUUGCUACUGGGAUUCUCUUCACGAAUUGAUGGCCGACUCCAACUGGCCAGGAGCACGUGAUUCUCGACUCCGUGACAUCCACGAAGAGUUGCGGCAGAAUAGGUUGAACAUAACUGUUGAAUAUGGCAGCAAAAGCCAGUUCAGGUUGUAUACAAGUGAAUUGGAACCAAUUCUUCGAAUUGGGUGAGCCGCUGGGGCUGUGAAUCCGAAUCUCCUCAGUGGCCAAAGAGACCCGUCUGCAAUGCAAGUCCAUGUCAAGGACAACUCCUAGUCCCCGGAAUAAAACUAGAUUAUACCUCCAUAUUCAUAUAACACCAUACAUCUCAAA